UUUUUUUCGGCAUUAUAAUUAUUUAGACGUUUGGUCGUAAAAUCUCCGCCUCGUACACGAAGGCGGUCACCUAGACGAGUAGGUUUGGUGACAUCUUUUACGGCGUCCUCUAACAACUCGUCCAGCUGAUUCCCGUGCCAAAAUGGUAAUCGUUUUAAAUAAGUGUGUCCUCCGCUUUAAACUCCUGAAUCUUAACCUAAAUUAUGGACCCUGCAAAAACGAAGACGCUGAAGCGAGAAAAAGCGUCGGUCAGAUCGGAAGUCGGCUGUUGCGUGAAAGACGAGCCACCUGAAGUGGAAGCCGCGGACUGUGCUAUUGACGUUAGUGGUCGCUUGUCGAACGGGAUUGAUUUUAAAGAAAAUGUGCCAGGAACUGAGAACAUGGGCAUGUUUUCUGGACCGCUGGAAGCCGACACGACGAAGCCGGUCAGGAACAACUGGAUGAAGACCCACAUCGAGCAAUCAAUCAGUGAGGAAGCAAGGAAAAGGAUAGCGACUCUCCUCGAAGAUGUCAGCCAGCUUACAGACAUUGAGAAGCUAUUUCUUUACCUCCAGCUUCCCACUGGGACUCCCAUUGACACAGACCCUCUUAAGCAGAAAAGUUCGGGCAAUCCGCUGGGCAAAAAGGCUGAUGCAGAGGUGGCACAGACUUACACCUGGAUUCAGAGCCAUCUCGAGGAAGACCCGGAGACAUCGCUGCCAAAGCAGGAGGUCUAUGAGGAGUACAGGAGCUUCUUCGAGAAGAACAAGAUCGAGCCACUCUGUGCUGCCGACUUCGGCAAAGUGAUGAAGCACGUGUUCCCAACGGUGAGACCGCGACGACUCGGCACUAGGGGAAACUCUCGGUACUGUUACAGUGGGCUCCGUAAGAAGUGUGAAAUGAAGUCACCUACGCUGCCAGACCUGUUGGCAUGUGAGGACUCGUUGACCAAGGAGUGUCCUCAGGAUGGCUCGGAGGAGGAACGGGAAGAGCUGAGUCAGGCCUCGUGGCUGCUGGUGCGCGAGUGGGCCGAAAGGGUGCUCCGGCACAAGUUCCCCACCGUGCGCCACCUCGCACGGCAUCUGGUGGACAGCACAUUUGUGGACGCCCGCUCGAUGGCCGCUGUAACCGUGCUCUCGGCCAAGGCCCUCGCCACCGACAAAGGUAGUCAAGCCAGCAAUACGCCCCGUGCCCCAGGCAAGCGGAGAGAGGCACAGCAGCAGCUGCAGCGCAAACUGCAGGAGAAGAAGAGGCUGGGCGACCAGAAGCGCAAGCUCACCGAGCAGCGCUCCCACUCGGCCCACUCUUCGCAGUGCAGCACACCAACCGAAGGCCGUUCCUCUCAGCACAGACGAGUGUUGGCUGCCACACCACAGGGCAAACGGGACCAGGCCUCCCUGUCCCUGGUCUCCUGCGACGGAGACGUGGCACGGAGGCUGAAGGAAGAGCCCGCAGAACCCAAGUUGCAAACCUCUGCUACACCGGGGAACAACAUCAUAUUCGUUCCCACCGUGCAGAGCCUGCAGCUUGGUUCUCAGGACGCCAGCGGCGCAACGGUUGCCACGGCGCCGGGAUGCAAGUACAAGAAGAUCCAGCCCAAGCCUGCCACGUGCCGGAGCGCGGCAGUGGUCCUUCACUUCAGUCGGGAAGGCAGCAUCACCACGCCCACGGCUGAGGUGGUUUCCUCGGCUCAGUCGCCUGUUGUUGUUGCAGAGGCAGCUGGGCCGCCGUGCGGCAGCAAGAUCGGCAGCAUAGCCUCGCAAACUGUGCUCCAAGAGCCCAGAGAUAGAGUGAACAGCAGCUCGGACUUGGAUGCCAAGCCCAGCACAGAGGUGUCUGCGGGAACCACAAAGAGGCACUCGGAGGACGGAGAGACCCUGCUGUGCAAGAGACGGCACACUGACGACGGCAUUAGGACACCCAAGUUGGAAGCAUCCAGCCUGGACCUCCUUAUGCCUGCCCAUGGGUCAGUCAAAGAGGAAAUGUGUGUGGGCCACCUGGAGAAAGAGGCACUGAACGACUAUUACGGCAACACCUCUUACGACGCAUCGGUUUUGGAGAGGUUGGCAUCGAAGGACGAACUUUCACAAGGGACACUGAGCGAUGAAGUUACUGCACAGACGAUGAGUGAGGUGACUAAGGCCCAUUGUGGGGAGCACAAAACUGCCCAACUUUCUCAGUUGCGGAUGCUGUUGGAGAGGAACCUCCCAAACUCGUACCAGCGGCAAGAUGUCACCAAACUUUUGAACACUGGGAAGCAGAGCUCGGGCUUGGAUUGUAACAGUUUGGACCGGCUCCUCUUGGGACACUUCGAUAAUCUCAAGAAUGGAACAUCGCUUAAACAAGUCACUGUGCCCCAGAACAGUGCAUCCUCUUCAACAGUCCACUGGAAAACAAGUGCCUCGACAAACUUAGUCUGCAAAAGUGCCGGGCUGCAGCAACAGGAAGUCUUUAGUGCCAUUUCCCUUGAAGGACUCGUGAAACUGAAAGACACUAUAGCAGAUCCGGUGAACCUUGCAUGUGAUCCGAGCAUCCAAGCGUCGUUAGACCAAGUUCUGGUUGGGGCCACCCAGGCAUCCGUAGCGCCCAUUCCUUGCAGCCCCAGCAGCCGGGGACGCUUUUUCACACCCAUCUCUCCUCAGACGACUCCCCACCCCGACAGCCUCCUGCCCUCCCUCUCUUCCCCCGUGAUGGCCACCAGCACAGACAUGGUAUCGGUAGCGGUAGGUACGUCUUCACAGCCACCGAGUGCCACAAGCAGCCCAUUUGUGUCACCGAGAAGCACACCAGUACCUUGGACGAGGUCACGGCAUAGUUCCGGCCAAAGUGGCUACAGCGGCACACCUCGACAGACGCCCUUCCAAGCGGUGGACUCAGGCGUGUCGUCGGUUUCUGGUUCUCCCUUUGUGUCGCCUCAGAGCACACCGGUGACGGCCGGUCGCGUGCGUCACAACGCCACCUACAACCCUGGCAAGGUAGUCACGUUCACCAACGGCUACAACGCUGUGCUGCCAGGACGAGCCCGUCACAGCUCGGGACCGGGUAACCCACCCUCCCAGCUCGUGUCACCACGCAGUGCUCCGCUGUCUCCCAUGGUGGGUGAGAGUGCCACGCAGACCUCAGGAUUCUCGUUUCCGGCCGUUGGCGAGACACCCACAUUGCUGCGUUCACGCCACAGCUCCGCGUCGAGCGUGCCGCCACCUUCUCCUCAGUCGGCCCCUAUGUCGCCGCUCGUGUCAUGCCCACCUCUGGUUCCCUCGCUCAACGACUGUAACAGCUUGGUGCCUAGUGACACCGACUCUGGCAUGGGCCAACCGCCGUCGAGCCCUGGCUGGGUGGCGGGCCUCAAGGAAAGCAUAGCAAAUGCCUCUCUACUUUGGCCGUCAACUUCAUCAUCCGCAAGACAGCGCCACGCCUCAGGUCCCGCCCUGCCCCAGCGACUGAGCGUGUCCGGAAGUGACCCCCUGGCUCAAGAGAUACAGGAGUUGUUCAAGAACACCACGCUGGCCAGUGGUGUACCUUCGGCCAAUCGCAGCCGCUCUGUGCCCGUUCACCAGAUGCUGCUGCUCCAAGAGGAGAUGGAGCCUCACGGUUUGAGUGGCAUGUUGGACAACUUCUCCAAGUCGUACCCGGCCACGCCGAGCAUGAAUCAGUGCUUUAAUUUCCCACAACAGCCAGCCACAACCUCUGACACAUUGGCCUACACCGGCGGCGACGCAUUGGCACAGCAGGAGGACGUCUUCUUGGCAUCAGACUGGAACAGCAGCACCCUGGAGACCGAGCCAGCGGUGAAAUUCGAGGACAAUGAUGACUUUGAUGCCGAGCUGCAGUCUACCCUAGAAGACCUCAAGGACUGUGAUGAGUUCUCGAAGUUUGCUAAGGAGUUGGACUUCACUGCUGAGAAUGAGGAUGACGAGAUGACCUGAGUGGGCAGUGAGAUACGUUCUCUUUAAGAGCUAAGCUGCUGGGCAGUUGGUGCUGCUGGCAGCCACAUCUUUCCGACUCUCUCAAUGCAGGAGUGUUCUCGUACAUCGAAAGUUGACAGGGGUGCAAUGUUCUUGUUUGAAGUAACCAUGGAGUUCUUAAUAGAAGAGUUGUUAGACCAGGCCAGUUUGUUUUUUAAUGCAGGUUGCUUUUUGUUUAGAUGGUCCCUUUGUAGCACUUUGCUAUCAAUUAUAGGGCAAUCAUAAGUGAAAACUUGGCUCCAUCUUAGAUAUCUACAAAACAUGAAGUUUAGACAGAUUUAUCAGCGCAAAAAAUGAUGAAACUUCUAGAGAAGAUACACACACACAGCACUGUGUGUUUGUUUCUUCUCUUAAAGUUCCGUCUUUUCUUGUACUGAUAAAUCUGCCUAAAUAAUCAUGAACCAACUCGCCCAAGCAGCUGUUUCAGUGAAGUUGUGUUGAAGUUCAUUAUAGAAGAAAAUUAGGUGCUGCUUUCACCAUCUUUUAGUCUUCUUGAAAAAAUUUUGUGUGUCAGCAUCAUUUUAUAUUUGUACUUGCCAUCACAAGUGCUCAUUUUCUAAUGAAGUGGAUGUAAAUUAUCUUGCAGAAAUGAUAUUGUAUAUGCUGUUCUUUUAAUUACUUGGUCAAUAUCUGAAGUAAACAAAUGUAAACUUUAAGGGAUCAUUUUUUUUACUCGUUAGACACAAUAUUAAUGAAAACUAACAGACAACACUGCCAAGGCAGUGUUGCUAAAGAACCCCAGGUGGUCAAAAUUUCCGGAGCCCUCCACUACGGCGUCUCUCGUAAUCAUAUAGUGGUUUUGGGACGUUAAACCCCACAUAUCAAUCAAUCAAUCAAAGCAGUGUUGCUGGCUAUUGCUCAUUAAUAUGAAUGAAUAUCUUUAACAGCUGGUGCAUAAAUUGCUCUGGUAAUUGUUUUUUUUUUUUGCGAAUAAUCUGUGUAUUGGCUUGUAGACAACAGCAAUGCAGCUUUUCCACUAGGUAAUUGCAAGGAACUCCAUGGUUGCCUACUGCAUAGCUUGUGAAUCGAGCCAUGGCUGGCGUUGAAGGGGUCCUAACUGUGGCUAGGUGCUUAAAGGGGCAGCAAAUGCAAAAUCUAGCUGAAUCUUUAGUUUAGCAUUGAGAAACCCUGAAGCAUUUGCUUUGAGGCAGCAAAGUAAUUGAGGUGAAGAAAGAGCUGCGCAUUCUCCUUUUAGUUAAGUUGACUGCCAUGAAUAGUAACUUUUUGCAGCUAACAAAUCAUUCUUGGAGUUUAGUUUCUAUUACCUACUCAUAGUCCGAAAACCGCUGAUAAGAAAUGUGAAGAUCUCUAAACAAAUGCCUUUUCAGUGUAAUGCCAGAACAGCCAAGCUGCUUGGGGAAAUUUCUGGAUUUUUCUAUGGUCAUUGGCGUGUGCUCCACUGCUGUCCAAAAUCCACCUGGUACCUCAUACUCUGCCUGGUACCUGUUACUACUUGGUACUUCCCGUUACGUCUGGUGCAUAUCCUCGUACGUUUCACCAGCUCCGGUAGCAACAGCAUCUGGUCUCUCACUCUGACAAACUAUUCAUAGAUCCUUGCCAGUACCAGCUACCUAAGUUAAUUAGUGAUUUUUUUUACUGAUCUGUCACAUCAGAUUAAAUCUGGAGCUGUAUUGAAAACAUAACCUCAGUGUGUCUUUACAACACGAAAUAAAGAGCGAGCCUGAGCUUCAUCAGCGCCUGUUGCCUCGGUAAUCGAAUCACAGUGAAAAUGAUCGAGGAAGCGAAAGUCGGGUUCACUGCUCACUACGACAAAAAGAAAGGGAGAGAGAGAAGGAAAACCUGUGGCUGCCAAUAGCACAUGUUCUGGCUAGCUGGGUUUCACGGCUCAACCGUUUUACCUGUUGUUCUUACCUGUUGAUUUAAUCGCCUUUUUUUUCUUCCCCACUCUCGAAGCACUGUUGAUUUUAUUGCAGUUGCGUUAUUUCGUGGCGGAAGGCAAAGCGAACGGAAGUGCUUGCAGAAGGCUCCUGUUGAGUAGGCAGAUAAUGUCACCUGUUUGUAAUAUAUAUAUACUGUAUGUGUGUAACUUUAUUUCAUUGAGAGCGCACAGAUUUUAAAGCAGAGUAGCUUUUAACCUUUUUCUUCUUAUAUCUCCUCUUCAACGAAUCUGAUACGUUAUCAUUUGUACUUUUGACCCCAGUACAAUAAUAAUGCCAUCUUUGUUUCUGUUCAUACCAUCUUUUUUUCUUCCUUAGUGUAAAGUGUUCGCUUUAUUCACUAGCACAAGUGACCGAGUUGAUUUUCGGCGUGUCGUUUCAGAGGCGUAAAAACUCUGUAGUAGUGUGUAGAAGGCUGGUCACGAUGGGGUUAGGUGUAGCGUUUGGUUUUGGUGUGGGAGGGAGCUGCAGAGCUGCAAAGUUUGCUGUCACAUGCUUUAUUGCAUGCGUGGGAUGUUGUAGUAGAAUGUGUCAUGCGUUAGCAGAAAUGGUUUGUACGGCAUUACGAUGUGCUCCUUGUCACUCGAAACGGAUCGGUAGUCUGAAUCAAUGAGCCUCACUUAUACUUUUUCAUAGGGAUAACUUAUGCAUGGGGUAAAAGAAAGCGUGUGUGAGAUGAAACAGUGGAUAGUGGCAAAACAUUUUGGGGGACCUCUUGUGUCGAUGGGCCAAGAUUCAAGCAGUGUGCUAACUUCUGCCUAGGGAGUGGUAAUUAGAUUGAUUUUCUGGAUUUUCUGUCCAAGGACAUUUUAAAUAUUUAAAAGAACUUUCAAAAGUGAGGGUUAAUUACUGGAAGAGACUUUUUUAGUUUUUACUACAUUCGGUGGAAAACGUUAAAAGCUAGAAAAAGCUUUGUAAUUAAAAAAAGAACGGGAUCCAACUCUCAGCUGCUUUCUUUGCAUGAUCCAUAGAUCGGGCUAUGCCUUGGAAUAUUGAUACUAACUGGUCAGUAAAGAAACCUUCAUGAAAAUUCUAAUAAAAAUUUAAUCAAACCGUGCCUCUAUUGGACUUUUUUACUAGAUUCAAUUUGUCCAGUAAUGGCCAAGCGUAGGACUGCAGGUUGAGCUCUUGGCUGCAGUUGGCACGUUUCUGCAUUCCGUAAGGCAUACAGUGCAAAACCCAUGAUCAUUCUUAGACUUAGCUGCACAUUUAGGCACCCGCUGCAUUAUCUCUCUUGAAUACCUCAGAUGUGUUAACGGAGUUGCAGUAAAAAGUCGGCAUUCGUAGACACACUAAAAUUUUGAUCAAUGUAGAAUUAAGUCUGUCGUGCUGGUUGUAUAUUCUUGCAAGAUGUAGGAAAAUGUGGUAAUUUCUUGACGGACAAAUCAAUUAGGCACCUGAAGGAGAUGUUAUAAGGAGGCAAAAUUUAACCUCGCGCAUGUUAUAUAAAGCUGAAAUAUCGAUUUUCUGCUAAUAACAGUUACAUUCACAAUAAAAUCUUGUUCCAUUGUUCUUGUUCCAUCCAUGUUUGAUGUUCCAGUUGUGUGGUCAUGGUACCAUUAAUUGCUCCUAGUAGGAGAUAAAUGUGUCCGUUUUGGAUUCCUCUACUUUUAUUGGACAUUACCUUUGAACACAGCAGUAGCUGGAUAAUGAAGAGAUAUUCAUACCUUGAAGAUGAUAAAGCUUGCACCAAUGAGCAUUAGAAAUGUUUUAGAGGUGCCCGAGAGUGCAGAAAAGGUGAUGCAUCGCUGCCAGUGCCAUUCUUGCAUCCCUUUAAAACAAGACGAGCCCGUAUUUCGGUCGGUUUAGGGCAGUUGAGACAAACUUCACAGAUUUAUGCACAUGCUCCUCUUUACGGAAAGCACGAGUUAUUUUAUUCUGCACUAAAUACACUUAACCAAUACACUAGUAUAAAUAUAGUGUUCUGAUCCUAUCUGUGAGAUGCUGAUGAUAUAAUUUGUGUUUACGGAAUUAAUUGUUACUUUGUGCAAUGUUGUGUGAAGUAAGUGUCGCUGUUGUCACGUGUAAUUAGCGUAACCGGGCUGCCCAAUUAAUUGCUCAUCAAGUGCAGGUGUAGCACAUCUGAGAAGGCGACCAUGCAAAGCAGUAGAUGAUAACAGUAAUUGAGAAAGUCACCAGCGAUUCGCUGUUCCAAAGCAGUAUGGGAAAAAUUAAAUCAUUUAGCUAACUAGCAGGGUAUGUUUAUAAUCACCAAAUAAGUAGCUGCCACAAAACUCUUCAAGUUGAAAUUUAUUGAGCCUAAUUGGCUUGCAUAAAUUAUGGAAACCGGUAAGGCAUAGCUUGCAUUCAUCCUGCUGCCUCAUUAAUAAUUAAAUUUUACAUGUAGAUGUUACACUUUGAUUCAAGUGUACUAGUUGCCCAUCUCACCCUGAUGAAAGCGUAAUUGCACAUAUGCAUUAAUGUUAGAAGAAGAAGAGUUAUUAAACAGGCAGUGUCUUUUUUCACGUAAACAUGUUUUUUGCCGAGGUAAUCACACACUUUGUCUCAUACUGUGAUUUAUAUUCUGAAUGCAAAAGUGGGUGUUUUGAUGGGUAUGGAACUUACACAUUAUAAUAAGUGGACCAUACAGUGCCACCUGUAUAUAAAAUUUGGUUAUGAUAAUUGAGUUCAUAUCUGUGUAACUGCUGGAACACAACAUGCAUAUUCCUUUGAAAUAUGAGGAACAGGUAUAGCUGUCUCUUAUCAUUGGGGGAAGCAAUCCAGAUGUCAGGGAGCGGGAGUGCAGUUUCUAUAAUCUGUGGAGUAGACUCCCCAUAUUGCGUUGGCUUCCUCACCCUCCCAUAACACGGAAUUGGUCUUUUUAAUUUCAAACUUGGAAGCCAUUUCUUUUUUGCGUUAUCCUUCACGCAUAGUGUAUUCCUACAGCAAAGAUGUCUGGUUCACUCUGUCAAUUCGCAUCUGGUCCCCAAGCGUGUUGCACCUGUACCGGACCAUACAACAAAACUCGUGCCUCUAGCCGAGCCUAUGAGGCACUCGGGAUUGUUUUGUUUUUUUCUCAUGCAUCAGGCGUAUGUUUGGCACCCGGUGUUCUGUGAACGCGUUAUGAAGCUUAAUGGUCUCAAUAGUAGCAUUUUACCGGUGUACCUGAUCGCAUGGGGCUUGGCUAGUCGACUUCAGCAAUGAAUUUUUCGCAAGUGCAAAUUAUGAUUAACAUCACCAGAGAAACUUUUUUUUUUGUCUAUACAGCAUUUUGCUUUCACGCGCAAAGUCGCAGGUUUGACUGCCGGCCAUAACAGCCACAUUUUGUUGGUCUGAUCAACAAGAGUGCUCGUAUACCAUAGUUAGAGUGCUUUGUCGUAAAUGCUUAAAGGAAGUCAAAAUUGGCCUACAGCCUUGCAAUACGGCUUCUGCCAAGGUCCUUGUAUCGAUGUUUAUUAUCAUUCCCAGUGAUCCAGGUUUCAAAGAGUUAAUGGGGCAAGUUUCUGUCGGCGUUCAUUGCCAUUUGUGCUCUGUCGUGAUAUCGUAUAUACUCAUGUAAGGGUCGCACCCCAAAACUUGAAAAGCCCGAACUUGGAAGAAAAAAAGAAAAAUUCAGCUGAUAGCAAGAAUAAAAAUUUACAGCCGGCAUAUCCAAGUAUAUUUGACAACCUCUUUAAAGUAACCGGAACCUCUAACAUCAUGGUUAUGGCAAAAAUUGCUUAAUACGCAAAUUCACUGGUGAAGUGAGCAAGCAUUAGUGGCUGCAUAGCUCUGACAAGGACAUGAUAAUUUGUACUGCUUACAAACGAGCUUUCAGAGCGCUGAGUAUAAUGUUUGGAACAUUUGCCCACGUGUGGCCACUCCUGCACUUAGCACGCAUAUUUUAUCCGCUUCCGGAAAGAAAUGUGGACUUAGGAGCACACGUGUGAUUUCGUAGUUGCUGUUGUGGAAGGUUUUGUCAGUUUGUCCUGUUUGUGUAACCGUAUGGUUGGCGAUGUGGUUGUGUUGAGGCCGACAGGUUUUUUAGAGUAAAUUGCCGUAUUGCCAUAUUGCUUUUAAAAGAUUCUGGCAAAAAUGACACUUCGAAAUCAUGUUAGUCUGCUUGUCGUCCUGCUGUGAAAACGUUUAGAGAGAUGAGGACAGUAAUAAAUAGGGACAAUUAAGUUUAUGUCAGUUAAUAACAGUAGCAUUGUAAGUACAUUCAUGUUACAUCUGAAAAAGGUGCUAUGUUUGUUCCAUGGAACUGCAAAGCGGAUAGGACAAGCUUAUGUGAACAGACAUUUUGCAAUGUCUAUGCUGUCCGUGAAUGACACAUCUUUGAUCAUUGUCGCCGUGGUUUCCUGCAAAAAUACUACAGUAAGUCAAAUAGUGUAUUGUUAUGUGAAUUCACAGAAAAUAUUCCUCUCGGUGACUGGCACAGAAGUAUUUGCGGGAUGAAAACGUGCUAAAAUAUGUGGAAACUUGCAAAUUUUUCUCAAAUGGCGGUGGCACAAUGUAAGGAUUCAGUUGCAAGUGUGCCACAGUCCAUUUUGGAGAAUUUGUUGAGCCAUUCAGCUAUGUUCACUUGUCUCUGCAAUCAUUGGUGUCAUGGCAUAGCUAAGCUUGUUUUCAAUAUUCAUGUUCUGCGGAAGACUUACAUUUGUUGGAGCACAGAAAUGCAGAGCACAAGUAUUUUGCAGCCUUGUUCAUGGAGCCUGUGCUGAAUUCUUAGGUCUUUUAGAUGUAGCUUUCACUAGAUUUCACUCCUUUUUCAUUCACGUCCUGUCAAUUCCAGUGAUAAUGGUGGUGGAGCGCCUCGUGGUGGAAGGAAAGUAAAUUGUGAGAGUGCGCAAAUGGGCCCUCUCAAGACAACCAUUUAUGGAAGCCAUAUGCCUAUUGUGUUUGCCCUCAAAAGGUAGACCUAACAUCCAACCUUGCUCAGCAGGGUCAACCCAAGCCAUUCUGCCGCCUUGCAUCGGUAGAAUGGCAUCCUACCCUUCUCUCAUUGGCCUCUUGCCACGCCCCUCAUUGGGAGCAGCCAACGAGGGAAGAGCAACAAGCCAUCUGCGAUGGUUGGUGCGUCUGGGCUGUUUGAGGAUAAACACCUUCCUUCUUGGCCGCUCUGACUACUGAAUGCAACGGAAAAGGGAUAGCAGUGAGGUAUAAAUAUUCGGUUCUAGGCAAUUGUUCUAGUGGCCCCACACUUUGCGAUGCAUCGAUUCGUGGAAUUUUUCCGCAUUCACUUCACGUGUUGCUUGAAGGGACGAGGUGAGAGAGUUCCGCGAUGACCAAUGUGUGAUUUUGUUUAAUGGACACGAGGCAAGAGAAGAGUUACGGCAUUUAAGCUGGCAUGUGUGGUACUUGUCGUCACUUUGGCGUGUUUUACUUCUCACUACAUCCACUUUUAGGAAGUUUCUGAUUUUCUCUUUUCGUUUUCUUCUUUGGUAUCUCUAGCUAUUGUACAUUAUUCCAUUCACUUUAUUUUUCUUGGUUGAGAUGAUUUUAGCGUGGCAUUUUAGUUAGCAGUCGUCGAACUGGUUCAAGUCAGCAGUCAAAGAAUUGUACUGGACAAGGUGGCGUUUGCACAACAUUUUUAUAUAGUGCCUGCAAUAAUUUUGUAUAUGUACAUGCUAGGCUGAUAUGUAUGUAAGAAAAAAACUUUUCGUUGUGUUUUGCUGUUGUAGUACAGCUUUUAAUAGCGUCUUAGAGUUACAUUUUUUUUUUAAGCACUGUGAAGUAUUGUUGCCCGUUAUCAUUGCUGCUACGGCAGUGCUGGCAGUGCAACGGUACUCGCAAGAAUGUUGAUAUUGUUCGCACCUCUUUUUUUUUUUUUCAAUUCUUGCACGCUUUUGGCACAGUGAGUGAUCUUGUGUAUACUGUCUUUGGCAGAUGGAUAUGCAGUUUCUUGUGAAAUAAAGUGGCGAGGUCGAUGGCCGCACCAUCCGCGGCUGUUUACGUAAAGCGAUUCCCUCGGGAGCCUUGCCCAGGGCAAGCCACUCGGCGAGAACGCCUGUACAGUUGAGUUGAAAAAAAAGUAUAUAUAAUUGUGACACUGGUAUGACAAUUAAUGUUGUGAAGCUGUACGUGCCGUUCCAGGGUUCCAACUCUUGACGAGCAAGGCCCUUUUUGCGGAAUGUUGCCCGCUUUCUGUUGCUGUUGUUGUUUUCAGUGGAGGCAUUCACGUUUUUCGUGUGUUUCAGCGUCAUUGAUUCGAAAGUGCCGUCAGUGCUGAUGCCUAAAUUGGAAGCUGGGCCCAUGCCCUUUGUUUUAACGUACGGUGUCCACACUUGAGGUGAACACGUCGCACAGUGCCCGCGCUCCGCGAGCGCCAGUGCAUUCGGCGCGGUCGCGCAUCGAGGCGGCGCAGAGGGACCCACAGGAUUUGCUUGGAGUCGUCUGCUACAGUGCUCCGCUCACGCUUUAGGCCCCUUUGGACUUUAGCUUUGCGGUAGUACAAGAGCGGCACGCUCCUCUGCGCCUGUGCAGCUUCGCUUCGAUGCGCGGUCACGCCGGGAAGCGCUGCCACGCGAAGUCUUGUUCACUUUAAGAGGGGAUGCUUCUGAACAUGUCGAUUGUGGAUAUUCAACCUGUUCACAUUACAUUGGACAUGGUCAACGCCCUGUUUAAAAGUUUAGUAUUGGUCAUGGUAAAGAAGCAGUUUUACUUGAUUACGUACCAUAUCCUUUGAGAGAGAAAAUUUGAAAUCAGUUGGCUCACGUUCCUGAAUAAACCACCUUUAAUUCAGCUU